AUGGAUAUGCAAAUGUCAUUGGUUGAAACUGCAAAUACCUACGAUUUUCACUUACUUCUAAAUAUUGGUGGUACACAUUUUCGUAUUCGUUACUCAACUAUACAGUAUCGUUGUCCAACAUCAUUAUUAGCUGAAUUUUGUCGUGAAACGCAUGCAGCACGGGUUGAAAGUUGCAAUGGUUAUUUAUCUGAUACACGAGAAUAUUUCUUUGAACGUUCGGGAAAAUUAUUUGAGCCAAUUUAUGAUUUUCUAACAACUGGACAUUUUCAUCGAACCAGUGAUAUCUGUUGUGAACGACUUUUUAAAGAAUUAGAUUUUUGGCGAAUUAAAAAGGAUUUUUUCGCUCCAUGCUGUAUGAUGAUUGCUGAUAGUGACGAUGAUGAAUUAGCAAACGAAGGCAAAGAUUCUGUUACUUAUGAUGAUGAAUUUGAUGGUGUUUGCUUUGAUGAUCAACGGCGCAAAUUGUGGCUUUUAAUGGAAGAUCCUGGUACAAGUACCGCAGCUAAGAUUUUUGCGCUUGUAAGUAUAAUGAUGGUGAUAGUAUCAGUUACUGGUAUGAUACUUGGUUCAACACCAGAAUGGCAAAGUGGUAGUUAUAAUAUGAGCGCAACGGGUACAAGACUUGAUUUUCGACUUCAUUCCACAUUGGAAUUUGUUGAAUUGGCUUGUAUAAUAUGGUUUACAUUUGAAUAUUUCGCACGGUUUACUGUUUGUACACAGAAAAAAAAAUUUGUAUUAGAACCAUUGAAUAUCAUUGAUAGCUUAACAAUAAUACCGUUUUAUGUGGAAAUUUUACUUUCAGCUUGCGGUUUUGGAAUAAAUACAUUUGGUGAUUUUCGUGGCUUAGCAAUGGUAAUGCGUGUGGUACGAGUAAUGCGUGUAGCACGAAUAUUUAAGCUUGCACGUUAUUCCAGUGGCCUGAAAUCAUUUGGUAUUACUGUUAAGACUAGUCUUCCGGAAUUAUCAAUGCUUACACUAUUUUUGUUGACAACAGUAAUUUUCUUUUCAACUCUAAUGUAUUUUGCUGAACGUGAUGAACCAAAUACAAAAUUUAAAUCAAUUCCGCAUGCUGGCUGGUGGUGUAUCGUUACGAUGACAACCGUUGGUUACGGUGAUUAUUAUCCGGAAACAUUAUUCGGUAAAUUGAUCGCUAGUUGUGCCAGUAUAUCCGGUGUAUUGGUAUUAGCCUUUCCAAUAACUAUGAUUGUUGAAAAUUUCUCUCGUAAUUAUGAUAGUGAAAGGAAAGACUUUAAACGAAUACAGCAAAAACGACGAAUGGCUAAGACUUAUAAUUAA